GUUUGUCCACUGCAGACACAAGUCCUCCUGUCAGUGUAAAGACGACACACAGAAGAAGAAGGACUUCUGCUGGAGGCUAUGUGACCACUUUGAGACUCCACUCUGGGUGGAUUUUACCGGGCAAAAGAUGCACCGUUUCCUCCCUCUGUUGUAUUUCCUUUGCACCACGCCUGUACGGAGCUUUUUCCACGGAACCUGUCUAAAAAAGGAACCUCCCCCUGGCGUGUUGGUUCUGUCCCAGGGUAGUUACUUGGUUCUGUCCUGUGAUGGCAAAGUGGAGGUAGACGGAGCAAAGGUCAAGGUGUCCAAGCACAUUUCAAACAACAACAACAACAACACAGGAGAGCAAUCCUCCAGCGAGACCCGGACCACUGCAACCAUGACGCGGAGCAACAAAGUUCUAAUAAAAGCUGAUGUGAACACAAUGAAGGACACGCCUCGGGGUGAAGAAGUCCAAAACGGGACAGACAGACAUCUUGCAUCUCCUGUGCAUGAAGUGGUCCAGACCAGCAGUACAACUGGAAAGACAGAAGUCGUGGACAAGAACAAGGUGACAAGAGGCUUAAAAAGGAAGUGGAAGUUGAAUGGGAAGACAGUGGGAAGAGGACACUGGGAUUGGGAGGGGUUUACAGUGGGGAGGGGCGGCACACCACUCUCUGUGUCCUCAGUGCGACUGAAGGAUUCUGGGAAUUACUCUUGUCUCCAACGAGGCCGCGAGAGGUUCUCGUUAAAGGUCAUCGUGGCAGAUCCUCCAGAGAGUCCCAGCUUGUCCUGCAGCAAAAAGUCACCCAGCAGUAAGAUUCGCUGUGAGUGGACGCCGGAGAAACCAUUGAUUUUACAACCUGACUGCUACAUUUUGCUCGGUAAAAGGCCCAGCGACACCUUCCAUCGUUUCCACUGUUCCUUCUCCUCCCGUUGGUCCCGAUGCUGGUGCGCCCUGGACCAAGACGAGGAUGAGCUCAGGACACUUCACGUGGCCUACUUGUGCGUCACAAGCAUGGCGGGCAACGCCACCAGCCCCAUCUUGUCCUUUUUCCCCCUGGACAUUUUGAAGCCGGACCCCCCGGCUGGGGUGUCGGUGCGACAGGAAGUAGGACAGGAGACCAGGAUAUCGGUGAACUGGAAUUUCCCCGCCUCCUGGAAAUCUCAAGACAACUAUUAUGAGCUCAUUUAUGAACUCAAAUAUCAACCAGUCAAUUCUUCUCAUGAGCAGGUAAAGAUGAUCAAGUGGCGUCGCUCUUUCACCAUCACUGAUGCCCUGUCAGGUGUGGAGUAUGUGAUCCACAUCAGAAUUAAAGAUGAAUUCGAUGGCCUGUGGAGCGACUGGAGUGCUCCAGUGUACGGCAGCAGUUGGACCGACACAAGGACCCAAGAACCUUCAUUAUCGCUGAAUGACUAUAUGUUCUCCGAGUACGAAGAAAGUUCCGGAACAGAAGAGGAUCCAUCUGUAGAAUUUCCUGGAUCAAGCGUUGGUCCCGCUGACGUGCCACGUCACAUCCUGUGGAUCUCAUGUUCAUUCGCCGUCCUCGCCGCGGUUAUUUCUGCCGCCUACGUGUUCAGACACAGAGAAAGGUGCUUGUCCAAACUCCACGUUCUGAAGGUCAGCGGUCACAGCAAAAGCUCCACCCAGCCGGCACCACACGCCCCGGAGGUUCGAGCCUUGAUGACCUUCGAUCCCCCGCGUUCCAAAGAAGAGAAGGAGAAAGAAGGGAAUGAGGAUGAGCGUUCAGAAACAGCGAGGAGGGAAGCCGUGCAUUUUAACAACACACAUUAUUUCUUAAUCCAGUCAAUGACGCACAAAUGAUGAUUAAAUGACAAUUAAUGGACUAAAUGUUUAUGGAAAAACAUCUCUACUUUAAUGAAGGACUUCUUUAAUAUGUUGAACAUAUUGAUCUAUUUUUAUGAUGGACUUGCAUGAUAUUAUUGUACAGUGUAAGAGAAGCACAUUGAUGGCAUCUGAUAUUUUUGAUAAAAUCGUAUAAAUGUCACGAAAGUC